GAUCUGCAUGGUUUCUUGUAAUCUGCAGACAAUGCAUCUUCUAACAUCUAGAAGCCAAUCUGAGACGUCUCAGUUCAGCACACUGAUGCCUGUGCAAAUAGCAUGCUUACCCAAUCACUCGCUUGUUUCUUGAAAGUGAGUAUCUUCUUCUUUUUGGGUGUGGCUGAGUUGUGGAGAUUAGCACGGGUGGGCACAGCAUCUGACUUCAAUUUGGUUUACUUGCUGUCAAGUCUAGAGCUUUCAAACAGGUCUGAAUCUAUCUCAAGGCAGUCUUUCUCAAAGUGAAGGCUGCGUACGCCAGUGUACUCUGUUGUGCUUUCCCAGGUGUCUCUGGUAAGGCAGAUUUGGGUUAUUGAUCUCUUGCGCAAGUUAUGGAUUUUGGGGAAUCAAAACGCGAUGACUCCAGAUGUAUUCAUACUGCUGCAAUCUACUGCGACACACUGACACCCCAUAUCUCACUUGAAAGAAGGCGUCCUUCCUAUUCUCUCGUAGUGUUUUUGAAAUAUCAAUUUUAUUUUGGUGCCAGCAUUGGCAGAUCUUUUAAUUCAGUUGAUAAAAUAAAUUAUGAUUUUUGCACCGCAGUAGCGCUUUAAAGUCAUUGUUUCAAAGAUCAGUGUGUGCGGCUGUAUUUAUCAGUAUGGGUGUUUCAGCAAUUUAGUCUUUAGAGAUUUUUAGCUCAUGCAGUUGUUGUUUUACUCUCUUUCCAUUGACUAACAUGACACUUGUUGCUGUGUUUGUUGAGCUAUUUUGUGACAGCUACAACAUCAUAUUGCUAAUAGGGUCAGAUUCAGAUUAUGAUUCACCAAAUGAGUUGUCUGCCUCGGUGCCUGUUGUUUCGGACAAAGCAGUAAAUACAACUGUAUCAACUGGUGUACAGAAGCUUGAAGUGUCAAGGCAUAGUGGCAGAGGGACAGGUCGUGGACUGGGAAGAGGUGUUGUGGUGGAAUCUCUUCGGGCUCCUGGAGUAGGUCGUGGUGGAGUGAAUCCAGUUGAUGCUAGUGUUGUUUCUGCAGUUCCUGACGCUUAUGGCAAGCAGCAACUGAAGCAGUCACCAAAAAUUGUACAUAGGCAACAGACAAUUGUAACUCAUACAAAGUCAUUGACACCACCACCAACCAAUUUAGCAACUGGUGGCAUGACUAGUAAGCCUGUUAUGCUUGGACGUGGUCUUCCUGUGCCUUCUGUGUCUCGGGCUCCACCACCGGGUUUUGGACAUGUCGCACAAAAUUCUGCUUCUGCUGCUGGUCAGGAAUUCUCAACUAGGACUAGUUCUGUGUUGCAACAGGAGCCACAAGAGUAUCGUUAUAGUGUUAUAAGUGUGCCACCUUCAAAUAUGCCUUUUCAUCAGCCAUGGUCUCAAGAACCAAUUUUUAGAGCACAGCAGCUACAUGGAAAUUUUAAUUUUACAGACAUGUCUGCCAAUGUUUCAGUUACUGGAUCUGUUGUUGGCUUUGGACGAGGUGGAGGGCCUGUACCUUCUUGGAACUCAUUACAGCUUGGUGGUCAGCAGAAGCAUUCUGUCCAGUCUCCUCACGUAACCAUACUUGCUGAAGAGCCAGAAGACAAACAAAUAUGGCUUCAUGAAUGUGUGGAACGUGAAAACAGUGAAGCACUUGCUACUAAAGAUGAAAAUAAGAGGAAAAUAAGAAAGCUUCAGAAGCUUUUGAAUCAGAUUUCUGUUCUUGAAGAGAAAAAACAUAAAGGCGAUCAACUUGACACAGACCAGCGGACAAAACUAGCUAGAAAACGCCAACUGGAGGAGGAAUUGCAAGCAUUGGAGAGAUAGCCUGCGUCAGUUGACGGCUGCUUGUCACCUAAAAUUUCUAGUGAAUAUUGCCUUUUGUUUGCAAAUGAUGACUAUAUUAUUAUAGUUAAUCAUAGUUAUAUGUUCAAUUCUAACGUUGUCCGCACUAACUUAAAGAAAUGCUUCUUUUUGAGCAGCUGGAAAGUUUGAUUUUAGAAAGAAAAUGUAUAACAAAUGC